AUGCUACCAUUUCAUAUCAGAAUUCAAGGAUUGACAUCAACAUUGUCAGCAAAACUUGCCCAGGACGACCUCCAUGUUGUGAAAGAUUUAGAAUUGCCAACUGAUGAGCCAGAGUAUCUAGCAGAGUUGAUUGAAAGCAGAAAUUGGGGUCCUUCUGUUUUGAUUGUUGAUGAUUCUGACAUUGCCCCUAGGAACCUGACAGUAGCCACCGAUUCCCUUCCACAUAUUAAUGUUAUGCCUGUAUAUGGUCUAAAUGUAUACUCCAUGUUGAAACAUGACACUCUUGUGCUAACAUUAGCUGCUGCAGAAAAAAUAGAAGAGAGGAUACUACAUCACCUACAUUCUAUUACUACAGACCGUGAAGCAUCAUUCAAACUUAACCAAGUU